UAUAUAUACAUAUACGUGUAUGUAUUUGAAUAGAUGGUACAUUGUACAUAUAUGUGGGAUAACUCCCCUCUCUCUCUCUCAUCAGGUGUUUUGGUGCAAGCAAAAAAGCAUCUCUCACAUAUAACCUUCUUCUAUGGCGGAUCACUGUGCAGCGCCUGCGUAGGGUGGAUUUUGGUCUAAAAACGGCUACCAACCUACCUGUAGUUUACUGCUCAAGAAACCAUCAAACCACCAACAGGAUACAAAUGUUGGGUUCGUCGUCUCAUUCUCCUCAUCAAGACGAAAAUCAAGAUUUACAACUAGAUCUGCCUCCACCACCACCCCCACCGCUGCCGCUGCCGCCGCCACAGUUACAUCAUCUGCACUCAUCGACGACGUCCUUCCAUUUCCACCCGCAGAUCCAACAACAUAACCAUCGAGAGCCUCAGAUUAACAACAGUCAGAAUGUACCCUCCAUCAACAUGCGCCAACUCCUCCUGAGCUGCGCCCAACACAUCUCCCGCUCUGAUCUUUCCGCCGCGCACCGCCUCAUCACCAUCCUAUCCUCCAACUCUUCCCCUUACGGCGACUCCUCAGACCGAUUAGUCCACUCUUUCACCAAAGCGCUAUCCCUCCGCAUUCGUCUUCACCCUCCGCCACCUCCCACCUUCCCCAAUAUGAUCAACCCACCACUACCAAUCAUCAAUACUACCGUUAAUAGUAGUAGCAAUUUUAUGAUGACUCAACGUUGUAAUAGUUCUUUCAAUUACAUUGAUCAUUAUGGUGAUACAAUUCUCCAAUCCUCGUAUUUAUCCCUCAAUCAAAUAACUCCAUUCAUUAGGUUUAGUCAGCUCACCGCUAAUCAAGCCAUCUUAGAAGCCAUUGAUCAGUCUCAUCAACAUCAGCAACAGCAUCAACGUCAAUCUUCCAUCAUUCCGGAUCCUCAAAAUAUUCACAUACUUGAUUUCGACAUCAUGCACGGUGUUCAGUGGCCGCCUCUAAUGCAAGCCAUCGCAGACAGAUAUCCUCCUCCAACCCUCCGUAUUACCGCCACCGGCACAAACCUCAAUAUCCUUCGACGGACAGGUGACCGGCUCUCUAAGUUCGCACAUUCCCUCGGACUCAGGUUCCGUUUCUACCCACUUCUACUCCCACACACAAACAACGAAAGCGUCGACCACCUCAUCGAUCACCUCUCCGCCGUCCUCCUUCUGCCUAACGAAAUGCUAGCCGUCAAUUGCGUCCUCUACCUCCACCGCCUCUUGAGAAACCGAGACAAACUCUGCUUAUUGCUCAGAAAGAUCAAGUCCAUGAACCCUAGAGUAGUUACAUUGGCAGAGAGAGAAGCCAACCACAACCAUCCAAUAUUCCUGUCGAGGUUUACGGAGGCUAUGAGCUAUUACACAGCUGUUUUCGAGUCGCUAGAGGCAACGCUACCGCCAAACAGCAGGGAGAGAAUUGAGGUGGAGCAAGUGUGGUUCGGGAGAGAGAUCGCAGAUAUAGUGGCUGCGGAGGGUGAAAACAGGAAAGAAAGACAUGAGCGAUACCGAUCCUGGGAGGUGAUGAUGAGGAGUGCUGGAUUCCGAAACGUUGCGCUCAGCGCUUAUGCGCUUUCACAGGCCAAGCUGCUGUUGAGACUCCAUUAUCCUUCUGAAGGUUAUAAUCUUGAGGCCAUCAAUAACUCUUUCUUCUUAGGUUGGCAAAAUCAGCCUCUUUUCUCUGUUUCUUCUUGGUAUUAAUCCUUAUCAGAGUUAACGUAUAUUAAUAAACAUCAUAUAUAAUAAUAUAUACGUACGUACGGAUACAUAGGCUCUUCUUCUCUUCAAAAUGUUUAGCUGCAUGAAACUAGAAACCCUAACCCAAGAUGAAGUUACCCUAUAAUCAUGGCCACUGCAUGGUGACGAAGUGAUUGUUUGAAACAUCAAAACAUCUCAGAUGAACAAGCGCUCUACCUUCUUACUUUUCUGAGGACGCGAGCUAGGGAGCUUACAUAUUAGCUGAUGUGCUGUAUACUGGAUAGAUUUUGUAAACCUAAUCCACUUAAAAGAAUUUGUCCAUUUUUUAACAAGGCAACGAGAAUUGAUUAUCAUUAGAAAUGUGACGAUCACUAUUUA